UUUUUUAUCCAGCGUUGCCCUAUAAAUUAUAGGGCCUCACUUAGCAUUCAAAAUUGACCAACACGCGUUUGCAUCCCUGUGCAAAUCGUAUGUGCUUUAGUACUCAUGCAUUCUGCCACCAAAAAAAAUAUUUCCUUCCAACCGGACGACCGGAAAGAGAUCAAAGUUAGCGGCUGACAUCUGCUUCGCUACACCUGCCUUCAUUGAAUGAGGUUUCACAGAAAGUAGCAUCUGUUUUGGUCCUAUCCCCAUAUAUAAUUAAUAUAAUCGAAGUGCAAAUAUUUGGUUUUUAAUUGGAAACACAUUCCCACAAAACUGCAGUUUAACGGCGACGAGCUGGCGCAGGUCGUGGGGUGCCCGUGGACCAUGAGAGACAGCGGAGGCAGCCUUGCACAAAACCGCUGGCAGGGCGAACUCGGUUUGACCGUGGGCCAGGAGGAUAGCGGGGGUGGGGGUCUCCCUGGGGAACACCUCAUGGACCCAGCCUCCACGCACCACGUCCCCAGCCCCAUGCACCUGAAACUGGGGCAGAAGGAGAGGGUGUGGGGGGGGGAGUUCAUGGAGCAGGAGGGGAUUGACGAGGACGGGGAGGAGGAGGAGGAGGAGAACGAAGGAGACAUGGAAGAAGCGGAGGAUGAGGAGGAAGAGGUUGAUUUCGAAGGUGAAGAAUGGGAUGAGGAGGACGAGGACGAUGAAGAGGAGGAGGCAGAGUUAGAAUAUGAGGUCCCACACAAGCUACCUUCGUCGAUACCUGACCAUCCGCAACACCACCUUCACCAUCAUCAUCACCACCAGCAGCUGCGAGGAGGCCCGCCCCCAAACCAGGAGACAUACGACCACCAGGCCGAGCACGAAGCAGGGGACUCGCCUAGGUUCCUCCCUCGUUCCAGGGUCAACGGGUUCAGGCAGCUCAGGCUGAGGCGCUGGCUGAAGCUCAGGGCCCACGGGGGCCUGGGGACCCGGCUGACACACCACUGGAAGACCUGGCGCCAGAGGGCCCAGUGGGUGGGGACCCUGGGGCACCGCAGGGCGAGGCGCUGGCGUCGGUACGGCGUGUACGCCAACCGGCAGAGGAGGAGCGGGGGGCAGAGGAGAGCCAGGUCUCCGCUGUCGGACGAAGAUAGGAUCAGCUGCUCGGAACGAGAUGAGCGGUUGAAUGGCUACUCGGACUACCAGAGCAGCCAGGAGAGCGGGGCGGAGCGAGGGGCGAGGAGGGAGGCGGAGGCCUUGCACCCGGCCGGCAGGGACAAGCCAGCCGAGGUCGCCCUCACGGAGGAACACAUGAGCUGCGUCACAGGGAUCCUGGAUGAGUCUCUCCAGCAGUAUGGAAGUCUGAUCCCCGUCCACGUAGAUGACAUCGUGGAGAAGCUGCAGGAUGUCUUCAACGAGAGCUUCUCCCAGCCUCACAGGAAAACAGUGGUGCAGCACCUUAUUCAGUCCUACCAGAGGUCGUCGGGCACGGCCAUGGUCAGAGGGUUCCGUGUGAACUACAAGCGUCACGUCCUGACCAUGGAUGACCUCAGCACUCUCUACGGACAGAACUGGCUCAAUGACCAGGUCAUGAACAUGUAUGGGGACCUAGUAAUGGAUUAUGUACCCGAGAAGGUCCAUUUCUUUAACAGCUUCUUCUACGACAAGCUGAGGACGAAAGGCUACGAUGGCGUCAAAAGAUGGACGAAAAAUGUGGACAUCUUCCAGAAGGAUCUGCUGCUGAUCCCCAUCCACCUGGAGGUCCACUGGUCUCUGGUGAGCGUGGACAUUCCCAAGAGGGCCAUCACCUACUUCGACUCUCAAAGGACGCUAAACCGCCGCUGUCCGAAGCACAUCUCAAAGUACCUCCAAGCCGAGGCCGUUAAGAAGGACCAGCGAGGUUUCCUCACAGGGUGGAAAGGCUAUUUCAAAAUGAAUGUGGGCCGUCAGAACAACGACAGUGACUGUGGAGCGUUCGUCCUACAGUACUGCAAGACCUUGGCCUUGGGGCAGCCAUUUAGCUUCGGCCAGCAGGACAUGCCUAAACUCAGGAGGCAAAUGUACAAGGAACUGUGUAACUGCAAGCUCUCUCUGUGACCCCUGGCCGUGACCCCUGGCCGUGACCCCCCCACCCCCCCCCCCCCCUUCCGGGCGGGCGGGCGAGAGGACGGGGGAAGG